AACACCGCCUCUAUCACAGUUGUGGUGGCUACGCCGCGUUGCACGUUGCUAGCUAGUUGCAAUGUUGUAGCUAUUAGCACGCCAGCUGUUCUUGGCCGGGAGGGAGAGCUGCCGUUUAGUUUGACAGACGUACGGGCUCGGUUUUCACUCGUUCACUGACCAAACCAUCGGACAACGGGACGAACACACCGGACUAAAGGCUUCCAAGGGGCCGCUGUGUCUGUCUUUUCUCCCGCUAGCUUCUCUAGCUCGUUAGCUAGCUAGCUAGCUAGCUGCUAGUGUUUAGAUCCCACCUUCCUCCCAGUCAGACCAGUGUGUUGAACGGCGGAGACCAUGGCUAUGAGACAGACUCCGCUCACCUGCUCCGGACACACCCGGCCUGUGGUGGACCUGGCCUUCAGUGGAAUCACCCCCUACGGAUACUUUCUGAUCAGCGCCUGCAAAGAUGGCAAGCCCAUGUUGCGCCAGGGAGACACAGGGGACUGGAUCGGAACGUUUCUGGGUCACAAAGGUGCUGUCUGGGGAGCCACUCUGAACACAGACGCCACCAAGGCAGCCACUGCUGCUGCCGACUUCACAGCAAAAGUGUGGGAUGCAGUGAGUGGAGACGAGGUCCUCACACUGGCACAUAAACACAUAGUAAAAACGGUCAGCUUCACUCAGGAUAGUAACUGUCUGCUGACGGGAGGAAAUGACAAACUGCUGCGCAUCUAUGACCUCAGUAACCCAGAAGCAGCUCCUCAGGAGAUUGCCGGUCACACCUCAGCUAUAAAAAAAGCUUUGUGGUGUAACGACGACAAGCAGAUCCUCUCCGCUGCUGAGGACAAAACCAUCCGGCUGUGGGACAGAAGUUCCAUGGAGGAGGUGAAGACGCUGAGCUUUGACACAUCUGUGAGCAGCAUGGAGUACAUGUCUGACGGAGAGAUUCUAGUCAUCACGUAUGGAAAGACCAUCGCCUUCUACAACGCUCUGAGUUUGGAGCUGAUCAAAACCGUGGAGGCACCAGCGCCCAUCAACUCAGCCUCGCUCCAUCCAGAGAAGGACUUCUUCGUUGCAGGUGGAGAUGACUUCAAGCUCUACAAAUUUGACUAUAGCACCAAGGAAGAGCUGGAGUCCUAUAAGGGUCACUUUGGUCCAGUGCACUGUGUUCGCUUCAGCCCUGACGGAGAGUUGUACGCCAGCGGGUCAGAGGACGGGACCCUCCGACUGUGGCAGACGGCUGUGGGGAAAACCUACGGCCUAUGGAAGUGUGUCCUCCCUGAGGACCUGGGGACGGAGAACCCUGAGCAGCUGUACCCCACGGCCCCCGAGAUCAAAGCCUGAGCAGAGCCACGCCGUCGGAACCAGAGGAGAAACCAGUGAGGGAGGGGUUCAGCGUGUCCUACCGGGCCCCAGUGAGGAGCAAAGUCCAGAGCCCCUCCCUCCUCCCACCAGGACCUGAUGUGGAUGAUUAGAACCAGAUCAACUGUCGUAUUGUUGUUUUCAGCAGUGACAUGGAGGCCCUGGGCUGCAGAGGGAAGCAGUAGAGCUGUGAGCAUCUCCACUCACCGCUGCCUCCUUUCUCUUUGAUCAGCCCUCGUCCGUUUGUUCGCUGAUGUUUUUUUUACCCCUUAACCCCUUAAACCCAUUAAAUGCAGACCCUCCAACAAACAUGUAGCUAAGAUCAGUUUGGGUAAAAGAUUGUAAUGAGCUGGACCAAGGCUUUGUUUUCAGGUGGUGCUUACAUGGAUCCUGGAGGUGCUUUCAUUUCGUUCAAACGUUGCUUUGCGUAUUGGCUGCUGUCGUACUUCUUCAGUAUCUGUCGUUAAGUGUCCGAAUAAAAGAAAAUAUUGUUUUGUUGCAGAGUGGGAAGGGCAGACGUAUCACUGGAGCUUUUUUUUUUCCAUUUUGGUUUUGUGUCCUCUCUCUCGUCCAGUGAUUAAAUAAAAGCAAUGACAAAGCUA